CAAACAAACCGAGGCGGCGUGCAGACAGGCCGUCUCUGCAGACGCCGCAGCGACGACAGCACCGGACGAACAGUGGAGUUUAUAAAGGGAGUGUGCCAUGCGUGUGUGCAUCGACGUGUGUGUGCAGAUAGUCGGAGGUUUUCGUGGGAUUCAAAGCGGACCGCUGCCGAUGGAGCUGCUUGCACACUGAGGCUGGGCUGUGACUUCUGACCGGCUGCAUUGGUGCAUGUGUUCGCUGGGAUGGACUGAUCCUCCUCCUCAUUCAUCAAAAGAAUAUUUCACAAACUUUUAUUUUCGCUCUCUAUGGUGCCUGAAGGAAUGCUGUCUUUGUGUGUGGCUGUUCGGCAACAAAACCACCUCGGGUCUGUGCCUCUUGUGUUAGCAGGGAGAUGGACGGGAUCGGGAACACCAUGCAGAAGAAGGCUGCAGAGCUGGAGCGGCUGGCCGAGGUGCUCGUCACCGGGGAACAGCUGAGGCUGCGGCUCCACGAGGGGAAGGUGAUUAAGGAUCGGCGGCACCACCUGCGAACUUACCCAAACUGCUUUGUGGCCAAGGAGCUCAUUGACUGGCUGAUCGAACACAAGGAGGCCUCAGAGCGGGACACGGCCAUCAAGAUCAUGCAGAAGCUCUUGGACCAGAGCAUCAUUCACCACGUGUGUGACGAGCACCGGGAGUUCAAAGACAUGAAGCUGUUUUACCGCUUCCGGAAAGACGACGGCACUUUUCCGUUGGACAGCGAGGCCAAAGUCUUCAUGAGGGGCCAGAGGAUCUACGAGAAGCUGAUGAACACAGAAAACAACCUGUUGCAAACCAGGGAGGAGGAGGGCGGGACGUUCGAGCGGACGCUGGUGGCCUCUGAGUUCAUCGACUGGCUGCUGCAGGAGGGGGAGAUUUCAACCAGGGAGGAGGCGGAGCAGCUGGGACGGAGGCUCCUUGAACACGGCAUCAUCCAGCACGUAACCAACAAGCACCACUUUGCCGACGGACCCCUCCUCUACCAGUUCCGGAUGAAUUUCCGGCGACGGCGGCGGUUGAUUGAACUCCUCCAUGAGCGCGGCCGCAGCAUCCCCGAGAGUCACGACAGCCCUUUCUGUCUCCGCAAACAGAACUCAGAUGGAGGGAACACCAGCUUCCUCUCAGUGAGUCCCACGAAAGAGAUAAAGGUGGCGGUCGGAGUUCGGCGCAGCAGCAUGAGCAGCAGCUGCGGCAGCAGCGGUUACUACAGCAGCAGUCCUACGCUCAGCAGCAGCCCCCCUGUCCUCUGCAACCCCAAAUCUGUCCUGAAAAGACAAGUGAGUCCAGAGGAGCUGCAGACACCAGGAGGACCUUUUCUAAAGAAGACAUUCACUAUCGUAGGUGAUGCCGUGGGCUGGGGCUUUGUGGUGCGAGGCAGCAAACCCUGUCACAUCCAGGCCGUGGACCCUGGUGGACCUGCAGCUGCUGCUGGCAUGAAGGUGUGUCAGUUUGUGGUGUCGGUCAACGGACUGAACGUCCUCUCUCAGGACUACCGGGCGGUCAGCAACCUGAUCCUAACUGGACCCAGAACAAUUGUCAUGGAGGUGAUGGAGGAGGCAUAAGUUGGAGAAGGGCUAUGACAGAAUCCCUCAGAUCCGUAGAAGUGUAGUGCAGUAAUAACAGGAGGACUACAAGCACUAGUACUUGACCUCAAAACCACAGCGACAGAGCAACGUGGACCACUUGAAACGGCGCUCACACCCUCUCUGUUGUUGUUUCCGGCGUUGUUUGGACAAGGUGGAUGAUUGAGAGACGGAGCAUUUCAGAAUGUGGCUAUUUGAGUAAAUGAUUCAACCUGCAGACAAAACACAAAGGUUGUGCUUGAUGUUUUUCUUUGAAUUUAGAGGCGCACCUAGAAGAGGGACAAUGCAAGAGCCACCACCUCUGCAGCUGGGGAUCCAACUGCUUCAGUGUGCCCACACAGACUCAGUCUUAAUGAAGAGGCCCUGGUCUUUGUGUGUGGAACAGGAAAGCCCAUGUUAUCUGUUUUUGAUGUGUUUGGAACCAGAACUGACUCCAUUGCUGAAGCUGGUGAGUGUUUAAAGGACGUCAGAGGAUGAGAGAUUACCAUUAGAAUCAGGAGAUAAACAAGUAAAAGCUGAAAGUGUAAUGAUAAGAAAGAAUAUUUCAUGAUGAUACAUUCAGUGACCUCUCCCCCAGUUAAGAGUCCAACAGUGGACUGAUGCUCCUGAUGGCUCGACACUGCCCUCUGCUGGGAGACACAGGAGGACACACAGCGAGGGAGCAUUUACACUGCAGUUACAUAAACCAAACAUCUUUGGUUUCAGGGUUUAAUUGUUUAUUCCCUGCUUGGGGAACCACAUUUCUAACGUCAUGGUGUGAAAAAAAAUUAGCGACUUAAUUGAUGCCCAGGUAGAUUUAUGUGUAGCUGCUAGGAAUUAGUUAACCUAAUAGAAACGCAGUGAGAAACAGUAUGUGACAUUUAACAGGCACAAUGUAUAUAGAGAAGUUACGAAAGACUUAACGCACAAACUGAAGAAUUCCUGCUUUAUAGAAAAGGUGUUUAUCGGAUGAAGCCUCAUUAUUGUACAAACUAAAAGAAGCUACAGCACUGAGAAGACCUUGAAGACUUUAUAAAUAAUUCCUUUUAAAGGAUUAUUUACCCGUGAUCUCUGGCAGUAUCGUUAUAAGUUUGUAUGUUUUUUAACUUGACAUGUGAUUUCCAGACCAGAAACUUCCUGUAAGGGUUGUUUAAAAGAAUAAGAAUUCAGAGAGUAAAUCUUCUCUGUUAUACUCACUGCUGAGAUGUUCUCAGCUCAAAGACACCUGUAAGAGUUUUCCCUAAGAAGUGUUGCAUUUAUUGCGUAGAAAACAAACAAAAAAAACUAUAUAUACAUAUAUAUAGUUGAAGCCAACCCAAAUUUAACUUGGAAACUUGUGCACACAGUAGGAUCAGUUGAUCUUAAGUGAAAAUUUGCAUCUAUAUAUUCUUUUUGAUGUUUGAAGAAUAUUAAAGGGUAGAAUGACUAUAUGAGCACUUGAACUAUUACACAUUUGUUUUGAUUGACAAAAGCACUUAAGUGACAAAAGCUUUCUUUUUUGACUUAAAAUUUUGAAUUUGAACAUGUACACACACAGAGAAACAUAUACUCUAUGUAUAUAUGUAUAUAUGGGGUCAUGGAUUCUGGAAAAAUCUUGAUUAUUUUUUUUUUAAUGCUGUGAGAACCAUAGACAAAAUUGAAUUCGCCUCCAUUGUACUGGAGUGGCUGCAGAAAACCUGCACAAAUUCUUGUUUUUCUUAGUUGGGUGCAACAAAGUUACCUGCGCUGAAAGCAGGAUUUAUGCUUAGAUAGAUGGAUUUGUUCAUCGUUAGCCUCCGAAAUACUGACAUCAGAAUUAAACGGUCUGUUUAUAGACUGUGCCAUCAUGUGCUUAGACAUACUAGCAUGAGAAGAUCACAUUUAAACCUAUAUAAUAAUAAAAAGAGGAGCCAGCCCAUAUUGCUCUUCCAUUUAGUGUCUGUAAUCCAUGGUUGACUCAUGAGUAAACACUUGUUUACUUGUCUGUUCUUAGACAAAAUAACACUGCCUGCUUUAUUGGAUGUGUACUUAGUUUAGUCCGGAAGUGAGAUUAUUACUAAAAAACUAAAUACAAAUGCAGUAAACUGAAUUUUUAAACACAUAUUCAGGAAAUCCUCAUUGCCAAACAGUAGAAUGAACACUGUGUAUCACAGUAAAAAGCCUCCAAGUGUCUGCAGUGAGCUAUUCAGUGGACAUGUCUUUGUUUUUUCUCAGUGUGCUUCGAUAUUGUAAGCAGUGAUAUGCAUGAUUCCUGUAAAUGUGUGCUUAUGUAGCAUUAUCUUCUAAUCCAAAAGCGCUUCUUCAGUCUGUUGACUUGUAGGAUUAGGAGUUAUCUGACAAAUCAUUUCAGAAAUGCAAGCGGAUUUUCUUCAGAAGUCUUUGUUUCCACUUUCUGCGCCGCUCCCCCAUCUCCGGGAGAAGGAUAACGGAACAAAGCUUCCUCGACUGUUCAGAUGGGAUGUUGUUACAGAAUACUUCAGGGCGUCCUCAGACAUUGGUGAUGUUCUCUGGUCGACUCUGCUGAAGCAUUCAUGGCAUUUUGUCUCAGCUGCCGGUCUCAAAGCUGCCCUCUCAUGUUGUUGGAUGAUGCCACACAAUACGUGCUCUUUUACUGCUGUUCAUGUAAAACUCGUGGAUGUUUUGUCGGUAGGGUUUGCCAUGUUUGGAGAAGAGAUUUCAAUGUUCUUUUCUACUUUUUCAGAUAUUUCUUUUUCAGUUGGACUUUUGCAUGCAGCCCUUCAGCAGGUAACAUGACAAACGUCACUUCUUACCCCAAACUACAAACCUUACUGAAUCAGGGCCGUUCAUUGGUUAGAGUUGAUAUCUACACUCUGCAUCAGUCAAGUAAAAAAAGUCACCUACCUGCAGUAUUUGUUCUUUGAACUGUGUCUGAAAGUGAUUUGUUUUGACUCUGUAAGAGGAGCUAAAAAAUGUUGCGUUUGGAAAGGACACAAAGGCUGAUCAGGAUGAGUUUUGGGAAGCAGAAAUAAGCAGAAGUGAAGCAGAAGAGUUUCACACGUAUUAAAGUCUUGAAGGAGUUCUUUGUGGUCGUAGCUGGCUGAAACGGGUUCACUGACUUCAUCAAUAAGCCUGAAAGCGUUUGCCUUAAGACCUUAUUUUGCUGCUAAUCACAGUUGGUGGUCAUCUUAUCUCUUGUUCUGUUCCCAGCUCUGUUAUCUCCCACUUUGCGUGUAAAAAUCGCUCAUUGUUCCGGGUGAUCAGGCGUCAGUUCUGUUGACAAUCAGUGUUUUAUGGACACCACCUUUAAAACAGCAGUUUCAAAAGCAAUGCUCUGACAGAAUGUAUUUCACCCACAACGUGCUGUUGAUAUCCUCAGUUUUAUACUUCAACUUCAAUGUUUCAGUCGUUUAACUAAAGGGAUUCUGUGCUUCCUGUUCACCUCAUGAGGCCGGACUGAGCGGCCCAAACAUCUUCAGCAGGUUUUACAGCCACGUGUUUAGAGAUUGAAUGUUGGGUUUGACGACAAUAUAAGCUCACAGUACCACGGUCUGUUCUUGAUGAAGCAGAUAAAUCUCAUUCAGAUGUUCUGGUGUAUUAAACAGUUGAUUAAGUGUUUAAUAAACAAACUGAUUAUACUCCA